CGCAUGCGCUUCCAGCGAGGUUGCAAUGGCGGCGCUCUAAGGCUGACACGGGAGAUUGUGCUGCUGGAGGGAUGUUGGUGCGGAGGCUGAGUGUCCUGUCCCGGCCCCUUCGGGCGCACAUUGUACCGGGAAUCAGGGUGUGUCCAAGAUGCGCCUACGGUGAGGACCGAGGGCUCUUGAUGGAUGCACAGCAAUGGUCAUCCUCUGUCAGGCCCAAAAAACAAGCCAAUGUCAGUGAAAACUGCCGGAUGGAACUAUUGGAAGUUCUAGAGACCAGAGUUCAACAGCUGGAGGCAGAGGAGAACCUUCCAGUUCCGGAGCACAAGACAUCUACUCAGUAUAAGGAAAAGAAAAGAUUACCCCAAGCACCCAAACGCUGGAUGGAAAAGUUGCAAAAUGAGCAGUUGGUAAGGCAUGAGAGACAAGGCCGUCUGGAAAAGAACGGGAUCAAACUCAAACCAAUAUCGGAUAUAUCUCUGGAAAAUAAGAGCUCCGUUGAACAAAAUGAAACACAUGAAGUACAUCUGGCAAAAGUAAUAUCUGAGGUACCUCUAAAAAUGUCUUCUGUACCUGCAGUUGAAAAGUUACAAGAAUCUAAAUCAAAAAGCCCAAAGAAAGAACCGUCAAAGAAAAAUUAUAAAAGGACAGAGGAUGAGACUGACCUUUGGAAAGGACAAAGAGAACAGUUGCUGGAGGAUAAGGAAGGAAACCGCCAUGGAGGACACCAACUAAGCAUCUUGUGUUACUUGGAGAUCUGUGUGUUUCUGAAGGAAUUAGAAAGAGCACAGAUGUGCCUGAACUUUUAUCACCACAGGACUUCACGGAGGAACUUGCUUACCAUUGCUAUGUAUAACCUACUAAUGAAAGCUUGGGCUAAAAAGGGUUCUGUGACUAACAUUGGCCAUUUGUUUGUGAUGCUGGAGGAAGCUGGGCUGAAGCCAAAUCUUGGGUCUUACGCAGCAGCACUGGAGUGCAUGGGUCGCAGUGAUACAGCCACCAAAUCCAUUGAAAUGUGCUUGAGUCAGCUGGAAGAGGAUGGGCUGUCUAUUGAUCAGUUAUUCCAGGAGUUUCUUUAUAAGGAAGAUGAGCGAGACAUGAUUUUGAAGGCUGUGCGUAAAGUCCAACCAAUCUACCAGCUUCCACUCCAACGAAAAUCAGUGUGCACUUCCCCACUGGUCAAAGACUUCUACAGCAAAGACCCACCACCAUCCUACCCCAAACUGGACUUCACUCUGUCUGAGCUGUACAACAGGUUUAAAGAACAGCUGGCAAUAGAGAGCUGUGACACCAUCACUAUUGCUUCAGUGGAGGCCAGCAAACCUAUAGAUGAAGGGCAGAAGCAAGCGAGGGAUUUGUUGAAUGCUUUGCGUUCUCGCUGGAAGAAGGCUUUGCUGCAGGCUUUCCGGGACUCAAAGAUACAUCUGGAGAUGAAGAGUAGGAUGUCUCCCAGAAUUGAUCUCUAUCCUUACUUGUGUCUGCUGGAGGAGGAUCAGUAUGUGGACAUUAUGCUCCAGUCUCUUACAAAUAUCCCUCCUACUGGUGAAUCAUUUCUUGUAAUGUCUCGUGAUAUGGGCACUAAAAUCAACAAUCGAUACUCCAUACACAAGAAACUAAAGGCAUACAACUUGAAUAAGAUUAAAGUUCUAUAUAGAGAUUAUUGCCAGCUACUGGCCAAAAAUGGAAAGGUUUCUGGACUUUUGCCUCGAGAAAUGUGGGAGCAGCUUGAGCAGGAAAAGUAUGGAGGACCUUCCUUGAUGAAUGUAGAUACAAUCUGGCCCAACACUUUGCUAGUGCAGUUGGGGACUCACCUGGUGGAUCUCAUGGUACAAGAGAUAAAGGUUCCCAAUGACCUGCUGAGCUCCCGGGAUGACCCAAAACUGAUUCCAGUUCUUUACCACAUGUAUAGCUUUCGCAGCACCAAGCAGAUUGGACUCAUCAAACCACACCCAAUCUUCAGCCAAAUCCAGUUGGAUGCACGUGAAUCCUGCCUUACUUUUGAGUCCUCUGUGAUGCCCAUGUUGUGUCCACCUGUACCCUGGAUGUCGCCACGAUUUGGGGCUUACCUGCUCAGCCCUGCCAAGCUAAUGCGCUGCAUGGAGGGAGCAGUGCAGCAUCAAUUGCUACUGGAGAAAAGCCCCCCAGGACAACUGUACCCAGUGUUGGACUCUCUCAACCAGCUUGGUAUGUGUGCCUGGCGCAUCAACCAGACAAUUCUGGAUAUCAUUGUUUCUAUUUUUAAUUUGAAGGGCAAUGAGAAAUUGGAUAUUCCACCACCUAUAUCAGAAGCCCCUAAGAUGCCAGAGCAGCCUCACGGAGAUGUGAACUCAAAGGACAAGCUGAUGCACCAACGAGAGCUGGCACGAUGCAGAAAGAAAUCAUCUGAGAUGCAUAGUCUUAGGAUGGAUGCUCUUUAUAAACUCUCUAUUGCCAGUCAUCUGCGUGACAAAAUAUUUUGGUUUCCGCAUAACAUGGAUUUCCGCGGGCGCACUUAUCCAUGCCCUCCAUAUUUCAACCAUCUAGGGAGUGAUGUGACUCGGGCUCUGUUGCUGUUUGCAGAAGGUAGACCCCUGGGUCCUAAAGGCCUAGAGUGGCUAAAGAUACAUCUCAUCAAUCUUACGGGACUCAAAAAGAGAAACUCCUUAAAGGAAAGAAAGGAGUAUGCAGAUGCAAUCAUGGAUGACAUACUUGACUCUGCUGACAAUCCACUUAAAGGCAAGAGGUGGUGGAUGGAAGCAGAUGAACCCUGGCAAGCCCUUGCCUGCUGCAUGGAGAUUGCCAAAGCUUCGCGCUCUCCAGACCCUACAAAAUACAUAUCUCAUUUUCCAGUUCAUCAGGAUGGUUCCUGCAACGGACUGCAACAUUAUGCUGCCUUGGGUCGAGAUGAAAUAGGAGCUAAGUCAGUGAACCUGAUGCCCUGUGAUACCCCCCAAGAUGUGUACAGCGGUGUUGCUCAGCAGGUGGAAGAGUUUUGCAAGAGAGAUGCUCAGCGUGGGGUUAAAAUUGCUCAAAUUUUAGAUGGCUUUAUUGGAAGAAAAGUGGUGAAGCAGACUGUUAUGACAGUGGUGUAUGGUGUGACUCGAUAUGGCGGGCGGCUACAGAUAGAGAAGAGGCUGCGAGAGAUGGACAACUUCCCAAAGGAGUAUGUGUGGGAGGCCUCACAUUACCUGGUUCAGCAAGUGUUCAGCAGCCUGAAGGAGAUGUUCUCAGGAACCAGAGAAAUACAGCUUUGGCUGACAGAAAGCGCUCGCAUGAUCUCCAAGUCUGGAAACACUGUGGAAUGGCAGACACCCUUAGGACUACCGAUCAUUCAGCCAUACCACCGCGCCAAACCUGUUUUGUUUCACAGCAACUUGCAGGUGGUUAACUUGCAGAGCAGCCACGACGUCAAUGAACGCCCAGACACCAUGAAACAGAAGAAUGCCUUUCCACCAAAUUUCAUUCACUCAUUGGACUCCACACACAUGAUGCUUACUGCACUGCACUGUUACAGCCAUGGUCUUACAUUUGUGUCUGUGCAUGACUGCUUUUGGACCCACCCAGACACCGUUGAUGUCAUGAACAAAGUUUGUCGGGAGCAGUUUGUGGCCCUACACAGCCAGCCAAUCUUACAAAACCUUUCACAGUUCUUACUGCAGAAAUACUGCCAUACCCUCAGUUCCAACAGUAAGGCUAAAAUGUCUCCAGAAAACCUCCGAAUGGUACUACACUUCAGCAAUGUGCCAGAGACCGGAGACUUUGACUUAAGGCAGGUGAUAGAUUCUACUUAUUUCUUCAGCUGAUUAUACUGUGAAUACCCAACCCAUCAUGAAGAGAGACAUUGUUUUGUGCUGCCUGAUGUGCAUUUGGUUCCUGCUCCAGUUAAUGACAAUCUAUUCUUCCUGUGGAAGCUUUUUGUAUUGAACAGUCCUACCUGACACUAAUCAGGCUCUACUCUACCUUCUAGGAGGCGUAUUAGUGCUUUGAAUUUCAAUGUAAAUGGUUGUAAAUAAAGCACACAGCGAUUUUAUCUGCU